GAGAGUAGGAAGAAGUGGGAGGAGGGAGGGUGACAGAUACCGAUUAAAAAGAGGGUGGAAGAGGAACAACUGACAGGCUGAAGAGCGAGGGACAGUGGGCAGUCGGAGAAGGGGCGGCCAGAGGACGAAGACGGCAACGGAGAUUCCAGAGAGGAGGAAGAGAAGACGAAGCCUUGGCGUCUGUCCUCCGCUGAGCCACGAUGGGCGACUGGAGCUUCCUGGGAGAGUUCCUGGAGGAAGUCCACAAGCACUCCACGGUGAUCGGCAAGGUGUGGCUCACCGUGCUCUUCAUCUUCCGAAUGCUGGUGCUGGGCACGGCGGCCGAGUCUUCCUGGGGGGACGAGCAGGCGGAUUUCCAGUGUGACACGAUGCAGCCGGGCUGCGAGAACGUGUGCUACGACCAGGCCUUCCCCAUCUCCCACAUUCGCUACUGGGUGCUGCAGAUCAUCUUCGUGUCCACGCCGUCGCUCGUGUACAUGGGCCACGCCAUGCACACGGUGCGCAUGCAGGAGAAGCGGAAGCUGCGCGAGGCCGAGCGGGCCAAGGAGGUGCGGGGUGCCGGCUCGUAUGAGUACCCCCCGGCCGAGAAGACAGAGCUGUCCUGCUGGGAGGAAGCGAAUGGAAGGAUCAUCCUCCAGGGCUCCCUGCUCAACACCUACGUCUGCAGCAUCCUGAUCCGCACCACCAUGGAGGUGGCCUUCAUCGUGGGCCAGUACCUUCUCUACGGCAUCUUCCUGGACACCCUGCACGUCUGCCGCAGGAGUCCCUGCCCCCACCCGGUCAACUGUUACGUAUCCCGGCCCACGGAGAAGAACGUCUUCAUUGUCUUCAUGCUGGCGGUGGCUGGGCUGUCCCUCGUCCUCAGUCUGGCUGAACUCUACCACCUGGGCUGGAAGAAGUUCAGACAGCGCUUUGCCAAGCCACAGCGAGGCCUGUCUGAGUGCCAGCUUCCUGGUCCCUCUGCUGGCAUGGUCCAGAGAUGCACACCACCCCCUGACUUCAAUCAGUGCCUGGAAAAUGGCCCCGGGGGGAAAUUCUUCAAUCCCUUUAGUAACAAGAUGGCCUCCCAGCAGAACACAGACAACCUGGCCACUGAGCAGGUGCGAGACCAGGAGCAGAUACCUCAGGAGGGUUUCAUUCAUAUCCGUUAUGCCCAGAAGCCUGAGGUACCCAAUGGAGUCUCCCCAGGUCACCGCCUGCCCCAUGGCUACCAGAGCGACAAGCGUCGUCUCAGCAAGGCCAGCAGCAGGGCCAGAUCAGAUGACCUAUCUGUGUGACCCUCCAGUGUGGGUCACACUGGAACCAGGACCAGGUGGGGACAAAGGAGGCUCAGAGAGGGAAGGUGUGUGUGACUCCAUCUCUCUCAUUCUCAUCACUGCUCUGCUCAAUGGCAUUGCUCAUUUAUUCCAGAAGGUAUGACUUGGGUGGGCUCUGGGAGUGCAGUCGGAGACAUGGCUACCCAAUCCAGCUGCUGUCCCUUCCUCAUCCCCUUCCCAGUAUACUCAGCGAAGCCGUUCAGAUUCCUCACUGAGCAGGGUAGAGGAAGGCAGUCAUGGGGUAUCUGGCCAGGGAGGGAUAGGACAACUCUCUAUAUCCCAGCCACAUACUGGAUGGGUUCUCCAAGCCCCUGUGGCAUCCUUGACCUGAUUGCCCUUCCUCCAGCCAGGAAGAACCCAAAGUCCUCAGCCAAUAAAGAGCAUGAAUCAAGGAACUUGCAUAUUAGAUGUGCUCUUGGGCCAAGCCUUGGAGUGGUGGUGAGGUCUCCUUGGGCUGUCCUUGACUGCCCCUCCCUCUACCCAGUCUUAUUAAAAAGAGAUCCUUGGAACUUGACCAACAGCUUCAACUUUACAAGUGCCUUGGUAUGUACACCUGGCAAAGGUCCCGCCUUGGCCACGUUGCAGCCUUUCCUUCUGCCAGGGGGUACAACCAGCCCAGGGGGGUGCGAGCUCUCCUCCUAGGGAGUCACUGUGCACAGACUCCACUGGAAUUCCUGCCACCACCUGUCACCCUGCAGCUCUUUUACAGCUCAUCCCGAUGAUAGAAACCAUCCCUUCCCUUCCUCCCUUGGCGGUUCACCCAGUGCUCCCCUAAAGACCUUAUCGACCGGAAUGCCCAGGAAGCCGUCGUCCUCUCUCAGAUCCUGACCAGAUCACCAGCCACACGGACCUGUGGAAUUUCCCCAGGUCUUUAUUAAAACAAAGAGGACAUUGUGUUUCUCAUACUCCCCUUGGGAAAAAAAAAUAAUUCUGCUGUGAAGAUGAAAAUUAAAGAGGAGAGAAAAUACUGGAAAUUGACUUUUCCCUCCUAUUUAUUUCCCCUGCUGACUGGCAACUAGAGUGCCAAGAGAAGGUGUGAUGACAGCUAUGGAGGCCCCCCCCCAGAUCUUUCUCUCCCUGGAGGAUUUAGCGGGGGUGUGGAAGCAUAGGGGAACCUCCAGCUCUCUUGGCAGGGUUCUCAUUUAAGAGCACAGAUUUUUGUAUCUCCCUGGUGUUCCUAAGAGGCUGCCAGGUGGAGACUGCAGAAAAGCCCUGCCUUCCUCAGGGACUGGCCUGGUUUCGCUAUUCAGUCCAGCCAUAAUGGGUUGGCAUUUUGGAUGAAGGUAAAGGAUGCUCAGAAUUGGACACUGAAACAUAGAGAGAGAUGGUUACUUUUUUAAGUGUGUGUGUGUGUGUGUGUGUGUGUGUGUGUGUGUGUGUGUGUGUCAGAUCCACUGACAGGGUGGAUCUGAAGGGGAGCAGAGACCUGAAAUAAGGAAAGGAAACUUUAGAGAAAUUUGUGUCUUUCUCCUGUCCCCCCCACCAGGUGCCUUGCAGAAGGGCUGGACCUCACUGUUUUCAGUGUCAUCUGUCUCAAUGGGUAGGCAUUAGUGGUUGGGACAGAGGAGGGGCAAGGAUCAGAAGGAGGCUGAACUUUUGCCCCACCUGCCUGUCUCCUGGCCCCUCGUCUGAUAUCUGGACGUUAUUGAUGGGUGGAGAGAAGGAUGAGGGUAGAGAGGUGGAGGAAACAGAUUGGGAUGCCAUCUAGGGAAGAAUGACUGGUCAUCCCAGGUCCCUGGAGGGGACACCAUUUUAUUUAUAGUAUGGCAUUGGCAUUAAAAUCCUCUCCAAAACAAACCAAAACAAAAAAGAGUCUCCAUCUCUGAAACGUGUUUGUUUUAUGGGUGUUCUUGAGUUAGAAAGUCUAUGAGAUCAGUUUUUGGUGAUGGGGCUUUCAGGAAGGCAAAAAGGAAAGUAUGUGUAGUUUGGCUUAAUAAAGUCUGGCCUUACCUCUA